UCUCUGUGGUCCUUGUUCUCUGAUAAAGUGCCCAACAUAUUUGUCUCACAUACAUUUUUUUCAUAUAUGAUAUAAAGUUUACUAUCGAAUAAACUAAAAAACAAUCUGUUAGUUUUCACAAUCAUAAACUUGUCAGGGUGACACGUUCCACAAUUAAAACUUUCCCGGUUGCAAUGUUCCCAUACAUCAAAGUUUGUUCGAAUAGACACCGGAAGAAGAAUCCUCAGCCUCAGAAUCGUUAUCGUUAGCAGCUAGGCUAGGUUUAAGAGUAGUUAGAGAUUAUGGGACGGAUUUUCGCUCAGUGGGAAGAGUUAUUCCAAUUGAGGAGCGGAUGAAAUUUACCUGGAACGAUAUAAAUGUAUUCGCAAUGACCAAAACCAUCAAAAAUAAAUUUUGUUGUUUCGGAUUUAUGUCUCAUGGUUAUGAUGAACACAUAUUAAAAAGUGUUGACGGAGUAGCGUGCUCAGGAGAGUUAUUAGCCAUAUUGGGCUCAAGUGGGUCUGGAAAGACCACUCUUUUAAAUGCUCUAACAUAUCUACCAAUGGAUGGAAUGGUCGUUUCAGGAAUGCGGUGUAUAAAUGGUGUGCCCGUGGAUGGUCAGAGGUUAAGAAACGUGUCAGCUUUUGUUCAGCAGGAUGAUUGUUUUAUAACAACCUUGACAGUUCGAGAACAUUUGGUUUUUCAGGCUCUGGUAAGAAUGGAACGCGGUGUGUCAUAUAAUCAAAGACUGAUAAGAGUUGAUGAAGUAUUGUCUGAAUUGCUGCUUAAAAAAUGCGAAAAUACCAUAAUUGGCUCUACAGAUAAAGGAGGCAUCUCAGGAGGAGAGAGAAAGCGGCUGACGUUCGCCUCAGAAAUGCUGACAAAUCCGCAUAUAAUGUUCUGUGACGAGCCGACCUCUGGCUUGGAUUCUUUCAUGGCGCUACAAGUCGUCCAAGCUCUAAAAGCCAUGGCUCAAAAUGGGAGGACCGUUAUUUGUACCAUUCACCAACCUAGCUCCGAGUUAUACGUCUUGUUUGACAAAAUUAUGUUGAUGACUGAAGGAAUUACUUGUUUUCUGGGAACCAGAGAGGAUGCUGAUGGGUUCUUUAUAACCAUGGGGGCCGGUUGUCCGAGAAACUAUAAUCCUGCAGAUUAUUUCGUAAAAUUGCUAUCAGUUAUUCCAGAUAGAGAAGAAUCCUGUAGACAAGCCAUUGCUUUAAUAGCGGACAAAUUUCACAAUUCCAAUUUGGGUAGGAGGCUAGCCGCAGACUCUGCUUAUAUAAGAGCUCAGGAAGAAGUCGACAACGCUGUAUGGCUUUCUAAUAACUUGAGACCAUACAGAAAUUCAUGCUGGGCACAGUUUCGCGCGGUUCUGUGGAGAUCGUGGAUAAGCAUGUUAAAAGAUCCGCUGAUAAUCAAAGUUAGGUUUUUACAAACUGUGAUAACAUCUUUACUUAUAGGAAUGAUUUAUUAUGGACAAGAACUUAACGAAGAAGGAGUAAUGAACAUUAAUGGUGUCCUUUUUAUAUUUCUAACCAAUAUGACUUUCCAAAAUGUUUACGCUGUAAUCCAUGUAUUUACCGCAGAGUUACCAGUGUUCCUUCGAGAGCACAGAAGUGGCAUGUAUCGCACAGAUGUAUAUUUUAUCAGUAAAACAUUAGCAGAACUACCCUUCUUUAUAAUAAUACCUGUAGCGUUCACCACAGUAUGUUAUUAUCUAAUUGGUCUAAACGGAACACUAACGAAAUAUUUUAUAACCUGUGGAAUUGUCAUUCUAGUUGCCAAUGCUGCCUUAAGUUAUGGUUAUUUAGUUUCUUGUAUUUCAAGAAAUACAUCUAUGGCCUUGACGCUGGGUGCACCAUUAGUCAUACCUUUCUUGCUUUUCGGUGGAUAUUUCAUGAACCUGGGUUCUCUACCACACUACCUCAAGUGGUUGUCUUAUUUUUCAUGGUUUAGAUUCGGAAACGAAGCCCUUAUGAUAAAUCAAUGGGAAAAUAUAACUGAUAUUGAUUGUUCAACCAACAGCACGAUCUGUCCCAAAAAUGGACACGUUAUUUUGGAAACAUAUAAUUUCGCAGAGGAAAACUUUACUGUGGAUAUUAUAGCACUGUGUAUGCUUAUACUUGGAUUCCGAUUCUUUGCAUACUUAGCCCUGUUAAACAAAACAUGUUCGUGUUAAUAAAAACAGAUCGUUUUUUUUUAUAUUAUAUUUAUUAACGUAUUCCUUAGCAUUGGGAAACGAAAUUUUUAUAAUUUUUUUAUGAAAUUUGUAGCUUAGAUAUAUUGACUGUCUAUGUUUAUAUAAGCAUUUUAAAAUAAACGAUUUUAUACAUAAA